GCGCGGGGCUCUCGCGAGAGCUCGGUGGUAAACAGCGCCCAAGAUGGCGGCGGGCCGGGCGGCGGCGGCGGAGCGGUUGGCUUGCAAGCAGCUUUGCUAAUUCUAGGGAGUUAACUUUGCCAUCAGAAAUGGAAUACAGGACUCAGCUACCACAUCCUGAGUGACCAAAUCGUUUAAUACAAAAUGGAGAAGAAGCGUAGAAAGAAAUGAGCCUGUUUGUUAGGCUUGACCUGGAAAGACCAUGAAAUCUCCACGUAUUCUGGACCCAGCUUUAAGAAUAUCCAGUUGAUCAGCACAGCGAAAGCAACGUUUACUGAAACAAAAAUGAACUAGUUUAUAAAGAAGAAAAUUGUGAUUUGAAUAUAUGGAAUUUUUGGAAUGAAACCAUUUUCUUCCAUGACCAUGAAGUUUGCAAACAUCUGGUUUGUUCUGGUUGUUCUUUUACUCUGUGGCAAAAAACACUUUGGUACCAGACUAGGGAAUUCCUCUCAGGAGGCUCACAUUUGUCCUGGAUGUUCUCGCCUUACUCUGAAAGUGGAGUUCACCUCGACAGUCGUGGAGCAUGAGUACAUUGUGGCUUUUAAUGGAUACUUCACAGCUAAAGCCAGAAGCAAAUUUAUUUCGAGCGCGCUAAAAAGUAGUGAUAUUGAGAACUGGAGGAUUGUACCUCGCAACAACCCAGCCAGUGACUAUCCCAGCGAUUUUGAAGUCAUUCAGAUCCAUGAGAAGCAGAAGGAUGGAGUGCUCACACUGGAAGACCACCCGAACAUCAAGCGUGUGACACCUCAGCGAAAGGUCUUCCGCUCGCUCAAGUAUUUGGAGUCUGAUCCAAUGCUGCACUGCAAUGAAACCAGAUGGACUCAGAAGUGGCAGUCAUCCCGCCCCUUGAGGAGAGCAAGCCUCUCCUUAGGUUCUGGCUUCUGGCAUGCAACAGGGAGACACUCCAGCAGGCGCCUGCUGAGGGCUAUCCCUCGCCAGGUUGCUCAGACCCUGCAGGCAGAUGUCCUCUGGCAGAUGGGUUACACAGGUGCUGGUGUGAGAGUAGCAGUGUUUGACACUGGCCUGAGUGAGAAACAUCCACAUUUCAAAAAUGUAAAGGAGAGAACAAACUGGACUAAUGAGAGAACCUUGGAUGACGGUUUAGGCCAUGGGACUUUUGUGGCAGGUGUGAUAGCCAGCAUGAGAGAAUGCCAGGGAUUUGCUCCAAAUGCAGAACUGCACAUUUUUAGAGUGUUCACCAAUAAUCAGGUCUCAUAUACGUCUUGGUUUCUGGAUGCCUUUAAUUAUGCAAUUUUAAAGAAGAUAGAUGUGUUGAAUCUAAGUAUUGGUGGGCCAGACUUCAUGGAUCAUCCAUUUGUUGACAAAGUUUGGGAACUGACUGCUAACAAUGUCAUCAUGGUCUCUGCUAUUGGCAAUGAUGGCCCUUUAUAUGGGACUCUCAAUAAUCCUGCUGACCAGAUGGAUGUGAUUGGAGUCGGUGGCAUUGACUUUGAAGACAAUAUAGCUCGCUUUUCAUCUCGGGGAAUGACCACUUGGGAGCUGCCUGGAGGUUACGGGAGAGUGAAGCCUGAUAUUGUCACCUAUGGCUCUGGGGUGAGAGGCUCUGGCAUGAAGGGUGGCUGCCGCUCUCUCUCUGGGACCAGCGUGGCAUCUCCCGUGGUGGCAGGUGCUGUCACUCUGUUAGUGAGCACAGUCCAGAGGCGUGAGCUGGUGAACCCCGCGAGCAUGAAGCAGGCACUCAUUGCGUCAGCACGGAGGCUGCCUGGAGUCAACAUGUUUGAACAAGGACAUGGCAAAUUGGAUCUUCUGAGAGCUUAUCAGAUCCUCAACAGCUACAAACCGCAGGCCAGUUUGAGUCCAAGCUAUAUUGACUUGACUGAAUGCCCCUACAUGUGGCCCUAUUGUUCUCAGCCCAUCUAUUAUGGAGGGAUGCCAACUAUUGUUAAUGUUACAAUCCUCAAUGGUAUGGGAGUCACUGGGAGAAUCGUAGACAAGCCAGACUGGCAGCCCUAUCUGCCCCAGAACGGGGAUAACAUUGAGGUGGCUUUCUCCUACUCCCCUGUGCUGUGGCCCUGGUCUGGGUACUUGGCAAUUUCCAUCUCUGUAGCAAAGAAAGCAGCAUCUUGGGAAGGCAUUGCUCAGGGUCACGUUAUGAUCACAGUGUCAUCCCCUGCAGAAAAUGAAUCCAAGAACAGUGCAGAGCAGACCUCAACAGUGAAGCUCCCAAUAAAGGUGAAGAUCAUUCCCACCCCCCCUCGCAGCAAGAGAGUCCUCUGGGAUCAGUACCACAACCUGCGCUACCCCCCAGGAUACUUCCCCAGGGACAACUUGAGGAUGAAGAAUGAUCCCUUAGAUUGGAAUGGUGACCAUAUCCACACAAACUUCAGGGACAUGUACCAGCACCUGAGGAGCAUGGGCUACUUUGUGGAGGUUCUUGGUUCCCCGUUUACAUGUUUUGAUGCCAGUCAGUAUGGGACUUUGCUGAUGGUGGACAGUGAGGAAGAGUAUUUUCCUGAAGAGAUCACCAAGCUGAGGAGGGACGUUGAUAAUGGACUUUCACUGAUAGUCUUUAGUGACUGGUACAACACAUCUGUGAUGAGAAAAGUCAAGUUUUAUGACGAAAACACAAGGCAGUGGUGGAUGCCUGAUACUGGAGGUGCUAAUAUCCCAGCUCUCAAUGAUCUGCUUUCUGUCUGGAACAUGGCCUUUAGUGAUGGGCUGUAUGAAGGAGAUUUUACCAUGGCAAGUCAUGAAAUGAAUUAUGCAUCAGGGUGCAGUAUUGCAAAGUUUCCAGAAGAUGGCAUUGUCAUUGCACAGACUUUUAAGGAUCAAGGAAGUGCUGUGCAGGAGCAGAGGAGCAGAACUGCAGGUCAAGCUGGUGUCUGUGGGUGUGCAGGGUUUGAGUGUGAGAGCAGAAGCACCUGCAGAGCUUCUCAUACAACUCAGCAGCUGCCAGAGAAGAUCAGUCUUGAAGUUUUAAAACAGGAGACUGCUGUCAUUGAAAAUGUCCCUAUCCUGGGGCUUUACCAAGUUCCCUCUGAAGGCGGUGGCAGGAUUGUCCUGUACGGAGACUCCAACUGCCUGGAUGACAGCCAUCGACAGAAAGAUUGCUUCUGGCUGCUGGAUUCCCUCCUGCAGUACACGUCCUACGGGGUGAUGCCACCCAGCCUCAGCCAUUCCGAGAACAGGCAGCGCCCGCCGUCGGGAGCAGGACACUCCCUCCCUGAGAGGAUGGAAGGUAACCAUUUGCAUCGAUACUCAAAGGUGCUCGAGGCUCACUUGGGAGACCCUAAACCCCGGUCCCUUCCUGCUUGUCCUCACCUGUCCUGGGCCAAGCCACAGCCUUUGAAUGAAACUGCCCCCAGCAACCUCUGGAAACAUCAAAAAUUACUGUCAAUUGACCUGGAUAAAGUGGCACUGCCCAGUUUUCGACAGAACCGACCCCAAGUGAGACCAUUGUCCCCUGGAGAAAGUGGAGCAUGGGACAUUCCUGGAGGUAUAAUGCCCGGCCGGUACAACCAGGACGUGGGACAGACUAUUCCGGUCUUCGCCUUCCUCGGUGCCAUGGUGGUCCUGGCGUUCUUUGUGGUGCAGAUCAACAAAGCCAAGAGCAGGCCAAAGAGACGGAAACCGCGAGUGAAGCGACCGCAGCUAAUGCAGCAGGUUCAUCCACCAAAGACACCUUCUGUGUGACAGCUCUGCCUCGCCAAAGAUGAGCUCCUUUCACCGGCGGCUUUCCUGGCGAUGGAUCGCUCCCGGUGAAGGUGCAGCAAAGGCAGCACUGAUGGGUCUAGUGACGUGCACCUGACAUCAUCUCAUAGUCUUUGGCUUCUGGAGAGAAAACGAAAGGACCUCAUUUGAUCAUCUGUACAUAAAACUGCAGCUUUAAGCAGCUGAAGCCACCAAAGACUUGAAUACUGUUUAAAUGGCUGCUUAGUCACUACAUAUCCCAAGAGGGAGAAAAUGGACCUUUUUUUUAAGCUGACCAAACUAAAAUUUAUUUGUUUAGAGGCUAUUUUCUAUAUUUAUUGUUGGGGAGGGCGGGGGAAAAGUCACUUUAAGGACCUCUGCUAAGGAAAAACAAGUGCAUUUUUUUGGAUGGGAUGCAAUUUUCUAGAACGGUAUUACGCUGAAGAGUAUAACGUGCACCAUUAAAUAAGGGAGGGGGCAAGAGAAACCAGUAUAAAUCAGUGAGGCAUACUCCUGCAGUUUAUUUUUAUAAAGCCAACUACCAUGAUGUUUUGUAAUUUUUGGUCAUGAUUUCACCGUUGUUGGUGAAGCAGAUUUUCAAUAAAUAUGUUAUCUAUAUGAAGCAAA